UGCCUGCAUCAUGCCCGCACCGCGUGACAAAGGAAGAACAACAAGACACAGGAUGACCGAGGACGAAUUCGUUCUGUUUCUUCAGGGGAUUCCAGCGCAUUGCCGCUGGCAAGAACUGAAAGAUCUAGUACGCCAAACUGCCUUGCACAUUCGGCAGGCUGUCGUAUACGAUGAUCAGCAUGGGUUUCCUACCGGGUUGGGCCAGAUUAUCGUGAAGAAUGAGGAUGAGGCGUGGAGGACUUAUCAUAGGUUAUCGACGAAUGGAUGGGAGGGUCAGAGCUUGGUCGUGACGCUUUGUCGAACGAGUUCGCCUACCAGACCUAUUGCUGGUCCGACUAAGAGUCCGACUUGUGUGAUUCCUUCGACCUAUGUGUCCGGGUAUUCGACUCCUCCUAGGGCUACUCAGAAUCUGGCAGUACCACCGUCUCCCAUAUCCCCAGAACCAGUGAUGCCUGCAACACCAUCAUACCAAGGCACAGAAUACAACCAAAUCAUGAACCCAAUGGGAAUGAACCAGCAGUUCAUGCCCAUCUACACAGACACAUUAUCGCAACAACUCCCAAACCCACACUCGCCAGCUCUCCACUCCUCCUUUUGUGACCCUUUCACCUUGACCGUCCUCCCAUCCUAUCCAGUCUCCCCCAUGCAACCACUCCACGACACAUCUCUCAACAGCAUGUCCAUGAACCGACGAAACCCGCGCAAGUCCAACGCAUACAACAACUCAACAUCCACCCAAAACACCAACACCAAUAUCAACACAAACACAAAUACGCAAAACACCAACAAAUCCAACAACCCAACCCGCUUCUCCAACCGCCGCUCCAUCUUCGUCCAAAACCUCAACCCAAACACAAACGCAAAGGGCCUCUGCCACUUCCUCCGCGAAGCCGGCACAAUCGAACAAUGCGAAGUGCCCCUCGAAGCAGGGACAGCCCGCUGCAGAGGUUUCGCCCGAGUCACUCUCCGCACACCAGACGAGGCAAAACGCGCCGUCACCAUGUUCAACAAUUCCAUCUUCCUCGGCGUUAAGAUCAGAGUCCGUAUCGAUAGGAGCAUUCACUGCGCGACUACUGCCACUCCAUCUACAUCGACAUCGACAUCAACAUCACCUCCAAACCGCACCACUCACACCCCACCAACCACACAAUAUACCAAAGCCCAUUUCAUCCCAGAUCGCAGAUUCCAGGGAACCAGAGAACCACCCCCCACGCAGCAGAUCGAGAAAUGUCAACCGCUAGUAGUAAACGGGUCACUGGUGGUGAAUGGGUCAGGAACUGGACGGAAAGCUAUUGCUGCAUGACAU